AUGUUGCCGGACCCAGAAGAUUUUAAUAAUAUAUUUCAUGAAGCUUAUAAAGUUCUUCCAGAACAUGCGAAAAAGCGUCUGGAAUGGAAACGCCUGAAAAAGAAGUCAGUAAAAGCCCGUUACAAACAGAAAAAUAAAUUCGAUUCUCAAUGUGAAAAUGACCUGCAACUGGCACCCGAAAUUGAACUUCCCGGAAAUGCUUCUGCUUUUGCCGUAUUUGCUUCAAUACGUUUGGCAGUACUGGAUAGAUGGAUGAAACAAGCUAGUCAAGAGUACCUAAACAGCAGCUGCAGCGCUCCUACUCAAGAUCAAAGUGAAAUCGAAAGCGACACUGAAGAUAAUUCCCAAAGUACUUGCUUUACCGCAAUUAAAGUCUCUAAAAUAGUUGGCCUUGGUUUAAGAUCCGUCUUUGAGUUAAUCAAAGAAAGUCGCAUUACACACCCAGUAUUGUGCACGAAAGCAUUAACGGCUUUGUUAGAUGUGCUGCAAGGACAAGCUCCGGAAGCUUUGAAAUGUGAGCCACCAGACGUAAUCGACUCACUUUUUGAGUUAUUAUUAGACUUAGCUACUCUCCAUGGUCCUGAAAGCUUCGUCCCAAAUGACGGAAGUCACUUUACAGCAGUAGCAUGUGCUUGUUUAUUAUCACUGGUUGUCGUCAAAGGAGACACUGGAAAAUAUCUUUCUGCAUCUGCAGCUUUAUUGAUGUGCCCCAGGGCUUUAUCUCUGCAGAAUAUUCAGAUGCCUGCAGUACUAUCUUCACUACAAAAGAGUGUACAUGGUGUACUGUUGGGCAAAACGAUCAGACCAGACUGGAUAACCCAUGGUGUACCCAAUGUUGCCAAAAUCAACUCAUUCCACGUUAAAUUUCCCAGUGAACUGAAUACUAGUCAAAUUAAAGUAAAAUCUUUGGCGUACGAUGGGCAGUAUUUGUAUCUUUUCACUUCAAAGGGUUUGUUGAAAGUAGGUAGUGGAUAUGGUGGUACGUUAAAAGGAUAUGUUGUGCUGUGGAAACCAGAUUUCUAUCCAAAUGAAAGUGGAAGUUUGGUGUUUUGCAAUGGCAAUUUAUAUUUAAAAUUAAUUGGCAGAAGAGGCGGAGAAUUUCUUAUAGUGGAGAGAUCGAACCUAUUAAUAUCUGGAUCAGUUCCUCUCCACAAUAGAGACUCAUCUGCGACUGUUGUAUUUUCUGAUGGGGACUAUUUAGGCGUGAUAUCACCAGCUAAAGAUGAUGGAUUUGUUGUUAGGAUGCUCAAUCAGAAUAUAUCGCCAGCAUCACUGGUCAGCGAAUUGCCACUUAAGCUCGCAAGAAAAUGCGUCGAUGUUUUUGGGGUUUCGUCAUUUGAUGAAGAAAAUGGAACGUACACGGUGAAUACGGGCAGCGAGGAAGAAAUCAUAACUAUAUGUACUGGAAAAGAGUUUGGUUUGAUUAGAACUAUAACAGGAAAGGUCUUAUAUUGCGGUAAAUCUUCAGCUCUUGGAAUAAAACAAUCGGGCGUUAGAACGGGAAAAUGGUCUGAACUAAUAAUUACAAAGGCACCAAAAAUCAACCAGGUUGCCAUUGGACACGAUGGUCUGCACGCAGUUCUCUUAACAGAUGAUGGUUCUGUAUUUUUUACGGUGAUUUUUAAAAUGGCACCAGUGAAAGAAGUCAAAAAGCAGUUCUUUCAAGUUCCAAGUGUUUCACCAAAACUAUCGAAUUUUAAAUCGCGAAGUACUAGUGUCAACAAAUUUCUUAGUAAUCCAACGGUUAAAACUACUGAUUCAGUUUUACCUUCCAAAAAAUCUUCUUUGGUUAAUAACGUGUUUUCCUACAGUGAUAUAGUCAACAUGGGACCAACUAAUGCGAUUAGAAAUACCAAAGUGAAAGAAGAAACCAUAACUAAUGGAGUUGAAAACAGUAAACCUACUAACAUUGUUUCUCUUAAAUCAUUAUUGACCCGGACUUCACUACAUGGAAGCUUAGUACCAUUUGAACAAAAAGACCUACCAAAUUAUUUACGAAGACUUAUAGUGAAAAAAGAUCAUUUUAAUGAUGAAUAUAAAACAACAGGCAAGUUGACAACUUUUCUGCUACAAAGAAAAUUAACCAACUUCAUCAAUGAAGAGAUUGUAUGUGCUACUCAAAACUUUUACAACAGGGAACUUAGGCUUUUCUUACCUGUUAGUGAUUCCCUUUCGAAAAAUAUAGGCGAAAUCUUCAGUGAAAAUUUUGUGUACUUAAAUUAUCAUGGACACAGUUGCACCAAUUUGGUAGACGAGAUAAACAUGAAUUUAACUCUGAUUGACAUUCUUUCAGAGGCUCAUAAAGAAAAGUGUGUUGAAUUGGUGUAUUUAAAACAGUAUAAACCAAAGGAAAACGAUGAAGAAUUUAACAUGUUCCUGCACAUGUUUUUAGAUGAUCCUAAAUGGGUGAGUUCCAGUUCUUUCUUAGCACUAAACACAAUUGUUCCAACGUGUUUUUAA